AUGAUACUGAGUCUAUGUGGAUAUGAUACUAUGAUCAUUGAUCUUCGACAGUUCGACUGCCAGAAAUUCAGUAUCGAGAAUUUUAUUUAUUUUUCGAAACCCGUUUGUGUCAAACAUAAAAAAAUAAAAAGUUAACUUAUAAUAUGGCUUUUAAUUUACUGAAGCAAUCCGCAAAUACGGUGAUCAGAAAUGCGGUUGUGCCGUCGUCAACGUCGGUUACAAGAGGACUGUUCACUGGUGCUGUCCAAUUAGCUAAAGAAGACAAAGGAUUAGAACAAGUUUACACUAAAAAAGAGUCACUCUUGUUGGACACUAAUAAUGUCAUUGGAAAGACGUCCAACACGAGUGUUCAGAAUUAUAUUGAGGUCGAUAACAAAGUAGAUUUGAGUUCUGUUACUGGUGUACCCGAAGAACAUGUUAAAACACGUUUGGUGAAAAUCAGUAAAGCUACCAAAAAUGUUAUGCAAUCCGGUACUGACAACACUCAUAAUUGGGUAAUGGAAUUUGACAACAGAGAGCGUUGGGAAAAUCCAUUAAUGGGUUGGACAUCAACUGGUGAUCCGUUGUCAAACAUGAAAAUCGAGUUUGCUGAACGAACCGAUGCCAUCAAUUUUUGCGAGAAAAAUGGAUGGAAAUGGUACUUAGAAGCAGAGAACAAGACCAGGCCCAUAAGAUCAAAGUCUUAUGCAAAUAACUUCUCAUGGAACAAACGUACAAGAACUUCUACCAAGUAAACAUACAUAGUACUUGUGAAAUAAUAGUUAAAGCAAUGCCUGUAAAAAAAAAUAUAUUUAAUUUUCAAUGUAAAACUAUUACUAUAGUGUAAAUUAGACACCUUUUUUUAUAGGGUAAUAAAAUAUAAUACUCAUUUGUUGAAAUUUGUGUCAAUUUUUUUUUUAUUUUAACAAAAAAAUCAAUAUUAUACAAAAUGUCAAAACGUAAUAUAUCAAACUUAACUGUCUAACAGUUGUAAUAUUGAAAUACAAGAACAAAUAUAUGACAAACGAUGUUUAUAAUAAUAAUAUAAUAAUAAUAACCAUAAA